AUGAUGCUCUCUGCCCCAGUUAUUCCCCUCCGCGCUUCAUCGAGCCCGUUUUCUCGCGUUUCCCCGCUUGACGUCUUUCAUCCGCAUUUUUCAGUCCCCAGUCGUCCGCUUCACGUUCCUCUGGGCCGUUAUUUACCUUCCGUCCGCACCCUUCGCGUGGCAUGCGAAGCGCGAGGGGAGGAGCGCGAAGGGCUAGAUCAGGCAGCUGAGGAUGAGGCCAUAGAAGGGUCGAAGCCUUCCGGGUCCGACAACGAGGUCGUGACGGCGGUGUCGGGCGCCAUGGCUCGGUCGUUUGGUGGCCCGCUCUGGUUCGCCGUGCUACUGUCGUCCAUCCUGGCCCACUUGAGAAGCAGCGUGUGGAAUAGCAUGUUGCCACAACAUCAGGCAGCAUCCUGCAGCAUCACUUAUAGUAGCUCGGAUGGUGCAGAUUGA